AUGUCCGCCACCAUCUCCAAUGCAUCGCCACGGAUACCUGCGUGGAAGAGGUUAGGCCUCAAGCUUAAGUCUGCGGCAGACACACCUGCCCAAGAGGUUACCGUAGCUGCCAGCACAACCACCCACGAUACACCCAAAAGGAAGCGAUUGGAUGAAGCUGAAGGCACCGCUCAUCCAAAGAAAAAGAAGGCUUCCCAAAACACCCUUAAUUUAUCCGCUGCAAAUCAAGACGCUCCCGGUCUUAUCAGGAAAAAGUCCGUCACAUUUACACCUGAGACCAAGGCUUCAGAUGGAGAUAGCAUAAAGCAAUUAUACAACGCCUGGGUUGCAGACCAAAAUCCGCAGGAAUUAUCUGGGCAGCCAGCAUUCAACACCCCCGAGCCUACCAAAGUUGAAGAGGAAUUCGACUCGACCUUGGACGAGAAAGCGCGGCGCACGAAACGAGUGAAACCUACUGCCUCCAAAUCAAAUGCAUCCCUAGCAGUGGAGUCAAAUCAAGCCAUUAACACGAGAGAUACAAAAGCAGAAUCGAAACCGAAGAAGAAAAAGGCUCCGAAGAAGUCGAAAUCAAUUGUCGUGCCACAAACCCGACCUUUCCUCUCAUAUCUCAAGCAAUAUACUGAGAAUCGCGACUCCUGGAAAUUCAAUAAAAAUCACCAAAACCACCUCAUCAAGCACCUUUUCGACCUCGAUUCAAUUCCCUCCGAAUACGAGGCGUUCAUUUACCCAUAUGUGAGGGGAUUGCAAGGCGGAGUGCGAACAAGAUUGAGGGGUAGCGCAUUAGCAAUCAAAGUUAAAGAUCUAGAGGAAGGGGCUGCCGGAUUUCCAGAAACGAUGGCAGAGCGAACCAAGAGGCAGGAAAAAUAUGAUGUUGCUAUGAAGGAAUACGUCACGACAAUGAUGAGUGCGGAGGUACCAUCGAAUGUUGGGUACGAAGAAGGUGUUCUCAUGAACCUUACCGAGAAGGAUCCGGCGAUGGCGAGAAGGGUCUUGAAGCGCAUGCGAUCCGAACGAGUCCUGGCAGAACUUGGGGUAGCAAGUGAAGGAGAGCAAACAAAUGGGACUUCAAAGGAAGUGAUUGUGAUUGACGAUGAUGAGGGCCAGAAGCGGGCCAAAGUGAACGAUGGCUCAUCGCUUGCUAGAAAACGAAAACAGCGAACUACGGUCGUCGAUGACUCUGAUACAAGUUCGUCGGAUAGUUCUGGUGACUCUGACAGCAGCUCUGGCGACGACGACGAAACAACGACGACGACAACAAGAACCGAAAAUGCAGACGAUACAUCUUCAAGUUCUUCUAGUAGUAGCUCGUCAGGAUCUGAUACCAGUGAUAGCGAGGAGGAUUCUGAUGAUAGUGAGUCUAGUGAAAGUGAUUAA